AAAGGCCAACCAUGAAGGAGAGAAGGACUGGUACUGGCUUCCUACUGUCAGAUGUUCUAAGAGCAGUACUUAGGGGAAGAGAUGAAAAUUAAAAGUGAAAAUUCAACAUAGUUGAAGCUACUAGGAAGUUAAAUCUGGGAGCUGAAUUUACAGUUAAAGAAAUACAUUCUGUAAGGUUUCACUUUCUUGAAAAUGAAGAAACUAACAGUGAUAUGACAUGAUUUCUGAUUGGAGAUAAUGAAGCAAAAGCAAAAUCAAAAUGAUGCUUCAACACCCAGGCCAGGUCUCUGCCUCGGAAGUCAGUGCCUCUGCCAUCGUCCCUUGCCUGUCCCCUCCUGGGUCACUGGUGUUUGAGGAUUUUGCUAACCUGACACCCUUUGUCAAGGAAGAGCUGAGAUUCGCCAUCCAGAACAAGCACCUCUGCCACCGGAUGUCCUCAGCACUGGAGUCAGUCACUGUCAGCGGCAGACCCCUGGAGAUGUCAGUCACGAAAGCUGAGGUAGCCCCUGAAGAAGAUGAAAGGAAAAAGAGGAGACGGGAAAGGAAUAAGAUCGCCGCCGCCAAGUGUCGAAACAAGAAGAAGGAGAAGACGGAGUGCCUACAGAAGGAGUCCGAGAAGCUGGAGAGUGUGAAUGCUGAACUGAAGGCCCAAAUUGAGGAGCUCAAGAACGAGAAACAGCAUUUGAUAUACAUGCUGAACCUUCAUCGGCCCACGUGUAUUGUCCGGGCUCAGAACGGGCGGACUCCAGAAGAUGAAAGAAACCUUUUUAUCCAACAGAUAAAGGAAGGAACAUUGCACAGCUAAGCAGCCAUGGGAUGUAUGGGGGCAACUGGAGAGUCCUCACUGAAUCCUCCUUUUACAUCCAAAACCCUGAAGCCUUUGGAGAUCUGACUUCCUGUGCACUUCGAAUCUCAGCGGCAAAGAACCAUCGGUGUGGGAGACAGCCCUCGGUGACUUAGCUGGGCCUGUCCACUCUGCCCCAGAGUGGACUUUGGACCAGGGCAAGGGCAUCUUUUGCCCCAACUCCAGGAUGUAGGCCUUAUCAUACUGGCUAUUCUUGGAUUCUCCAGAUGGCCCCUGGUUGGGGUCCUGCCCGCUCUCAUCUGGAUUUUACAAAACCCAGGACUCCCACCAUUAGGAUUCAUGCAGAAAGGAUUCAUGCAGAAGUGUCUGUACCUUGGGUGGGUGUGGUGGGGCCACCUCCUCUGCUGCCACUGUCACUUGUAGGGGACGUGGAGUGAGAAUGGCAUUUAGCGAAGUUGUACGAUGGCCAGGAUUGUGCUUUCUAGCAAAUGUGGUGUUAUGUACAGGAAUUACUGUGUGCAAGGCAUUUGUUUCAAAAGUAGGUAUUGUGCUCUUCUGGUGUUUGCCUCACACAACACUGGGGUGGCCUUUCCAUGACGUUCCUCAGAUGUGGUUUCUGAGAGUCUGGGCAGGCUGUUACCAUGGGCAGUGUCUUACAAAACGUUCAGGCGGCCGGAAGAGCCUGGCAGCCCAGGGAGAACAGAAGUCUGCUGGCCAGCAGUGCAGUUUUGUGCCAACAGAGAAGGUCUCCUUUCCCUCAGCACCUAAGCAUUAACACAAAAUUCAAGGGCGUGAGUGCAGGUCCUGUGUUAUAAACUCAGUUAUGUCACAGGAAAAAAGCAAGAAGAAAGUCUAACUUCCAAAGGGUUACAACUCCCUGCUCAGUGACUUAGGUGAGAAGUUCCUUCUGUGCCGGGAGAGCCAAAGAGUAUUCUGUGUUCCUUUUCUUGUAGUUUGAAAACCACAUUCAGGGACACCUGUUGGAAGCCAGGUGAGGCCUAGGCUUUAGCAUUAUUGGAUAUGAAUGGUAUUGUUUCGUCAUGCGGCUGUCUGUGGAAACCUGACCCGGAGCGUUUCCAGCUGUGAGAGGUCAUUCACACUGGCCACAAGGACUCUGGCUACUGUCUCAAUUCUGAUGUUUCUGUGAAAUCCUCAGAGUGUUUAAUCUUCCUUGAUAGUAUCAUCACAAUUUUCUGUAAGAGGAAAUACUACUUAUUUAUCCUAGUCUUUCUAACCUUGUCAAUGUAAUAAAUAUUGGAACCAAAGACAUGGCAAACUGAA